AUGACUUCAAGUCAUAAAGACUUUUGGUCUUUCGACCGCAGACAGCCUCUCGCAAGAUCCGCCUCGGAGCCUCGCUCCUCUCGUGCUGCUGCACUGCGUGCCUCCGUGCCUCCGCGAACGCCAGCGCCCGCGCGCACACCCUCGACGCCUUCCAGGCUCUCGGUGUCCGUGUACUUCGCGGCGCAACGCCUGAAGCGUAGCUCGCAGCGCGCAAGUCCCAGCUCUCCUCGAGCACCAACCCGCCAGAUCAUGGAUCCUAGGGAACUCUCUGGUGAAGAGGGCGAGGUGGACGAGUCCAUGGAGGGUUCUCCGAACCGAGGAGACGCGUCUCCACUCACGCGACGCUCCCCGAGCCGCGGCGACGCUUCACCCACACCGUCGACAAGUCGUGAAGAAGGCUCGCCGGCCCCAGUUGGCUCUCCGAGCCGUCGCGAUCAAGAGCCCCCGCGCACACGUUUCCAGUGCGCUCGUCGAGCCGACCGCCUGCAGAGCGCGCUGCGCCGUCGAGGGAGGAGCCGCGACCACCGCUGCGAACUCCGAACCCGUUCCCUGAACGCUCUUCCGGCCUCUACGAGCUGCGCGCGCUCACUGAGUCACGGUAUUCGCCACCUCGUGAUGGCUCCCACGUGCUCCCAGCGUCCUGAGCGGCGGCCUCUGCUGAACCCCAGCACUGCCGACUACGGCUUCCGGCCUCGCUACCCCGCGGAGGCUUGUCGCCAGGCGUUCCAGCAGUCUCUCGCGCUGCACACCAUUGGGCCCGCGGCCCGUACUCCGGAGGAGCUCUCACUGCGUACAUCUAUGCGAGAACGGCUCCUCACUCCACAAUCUACGACUGUCGCGGAGUAUCGCGAGAGGCUGCGGCUGCAAGCCCAGCAGAAGUCCGUGCCCGCCAUGCGGACGUACCCGGUGGUACUUAGCCCGGGGGAAGACUCAAUUGAGUACGAAGCUCAGUUCGAGUCUUGGGCCGAGCACAGCCGAAAGCUCAGCUCCAUGGACGCUCUCCGAGCCAGCUUCAGUGAAGUGGAUGUUCGUAUUGAACGCGAGCUCCGCUUCGAUUUCGCGAAGGUCCGAGCCAAGCGCAGCCUCUCGGCACUCACCCAGCCGCAGACCCAGUUUAGCGCUGCGCGCUUCGCUCCUUCGAGCACUCCAGCCGCUCCUUCCCGCGAGGGAGUGAGCGCUGUGGCUCAGGGUCAGCCUCGGAGCAAUGUGGCUGACCCAGCAGCUCCCCAGCUUAUUGCCGGGAAGCGCGGGACGGCCGGCGUGCCGCCUUGA